AUGGAAUAUUUUAGAAAUUUAGAAGAGACUUUGAAAGAUGUUGCUCCAUCAAAUAUACUCAAUUUUGAUGAAACAAAUUUAACAGAUGAUCCAGGAUCUUCAAAAUGUAUAUUUAGGCGAGGAGUAAAAUAUCCCGAGCGAGUGCUAAAUUCAACUAAAGGAGCCAUUUCGCUGAUGUUCUCAGUUACAGCGAACGGGAGCUUGCUACCUAUUUACGUUGUUUAUAAGGCAGAGAAUUUAUAUUCUGAAUGGAUACAGGGCGGACCGCGUGGUACUAUGUAUAACCGCACAAGAUCUGGGUGGUUUGAUUCUUUUGUUUUUGAAGAUUACUUUAACACAACUAUUAUGGAUUGGGCAAAGUCUUUACCUGUUAAAAAGGUUUAG